UUUGUGUCUUGUUCAUCACCUUUGCUUUCGUUGCCAUCGUCUCUGUUCUUUUUUUUUUCUCUACUCUGUUUGGUUCAGGGGAUAAAAGGGAAGAGUAAGAAAAAGAAAUCUAUAGGAAUGACUAAUCAACAAAAUGUGGUGGCUGUUGACGUGAAAUCGCUUGGUUUAAGAAACUUAUUACCACCAGUGACCAAAUCCUUAUCACCAACAGAACUUAAGAUGUUAUUCAUGAAGAGGUUUGAAGCUGAAAAAGGAGAUAACAAAAUCAAUGGUUUGGUAGAUUCCAUGAGAGCUUCUUCACCUACCCGUAUCAAGUCUUCUUCUGCUUCCAUUGUCCAUCAUCCUUCAGCUUUGAGUAUGUUUGAGCAAAUAGUGGGUGCUUCCAAAGGAAAACAGAUUGUGAUGUUUUUGGAUUACGACGGCACACUUUCUCCUAUUGUUGAAGACCCGGAUCAAGCUUUCAUGUCCACAGAGAUGAGAGCAGCUGUAAGGGAUGUUGCUAGAUAUUUUCCAACAGCAAUAGUGACCGGAAGGUGCCGAGACAAGGUUUACAGCUUUGUAAAAUUGCCUGGCCUUUAUUAUGCGGGUAGCCAUGGAAUGGACAUCAAGGGACCAUCUAAAAGAUGCAAAAACAAGAAAGCUAACCAGGGAGUUCUUUUCCAACCUGCCAGUGAAUUCUUGCCCAUGAUUGAUGAGGUUUAUAAAGCAUUGGUAGAGAAAACAAAAUCGAUUGGGGGAGCCAAGGUGGAAAAUAACAAGUUUUGUGUCUCCGUACACUUUCGACGUGUUGAUGAAAAGAGUUGGGGUGCCUUGGCUGAACAAGUUAGAUCAGUACUCAACCAGUACCCUAAGCUUAAACUAACUCAAGGGAGGAAGGUAUUGGAGAUUCGCCCAACCAUCAAGUGGGACAAAGGAAGAGCCCUUGAAUUCUUAUUGGCGGCACUAGGAUAUGGCAAUUCAAAUGAUGUUUUACCCAUCUACAUUGGCGACGAUCGAACUGAUGAAGAUGCAUUUAAGGUUUUACGUGAUAGAGGACAAGGGUUUGGGAUUCUUGUUUCCAAAAUACCCAAGGAAACAAAUGCUUCAUAUACUCUCCAAGAACCAUCUGAGGUUAAAGAGUUUUUGAGGCGUUUGGUGGAUUGGAAAAAAUAUGCACAAGGAGGAGGAGCAGCACCCUAAGUUGCUUAGACAUAUACAUAGACAAGAAAUUUGAAUACCACCCUCCUACUUGUUUGAUUAAAGAGGGUGGAGGAAUAUGAAUUAGUUAAUUAAUUAUGUAUCUUUCUCGUUUAGAGAGAGUUUCUAAUUGUAAUUAACUACCAAUUUCUGAGGCUGUAAUUGAUUAAAAUGAGAAGAAUUAGAAUAAUUCCAUAA